AUGCUCAGGCCGGCCGCCAGAAACGGCAGCAAGAACGAAACGAGCUCAAGGCUGCCCGUGCUCUGCAGCGAGUAUGGCGUGGCCAUCGAGUCCGACGUCUCGUUCCUGCGUCGAGCAUACUCUGAAUAUGCAAUGUCCUUCUUGACUCACUCGCUAGGCUUGUUGGAGCAGACUAUCACUCUGUUUGCGCAAGACCUUGACUUUGAAGCCUUGUACCGAGCCGUGAUAGAAGCUUAUUGCACCUCGGAACGAGGGUCGGACAAAGCCCCCGAUCGGUCGUUGUGGUUACUUGCACACCUAAUUGACCUUCAGAAGAACCAAAACGGCGAGACGCCGAGCACUCCGCUUUAUCUUAGAGCCAUCUACAUGCAGCUUUCUGCUCUUUCUAGCACCAUCCGAGCGCAGCUGCGUUCCUCUGCGACCUCUGACAGCAGGUCGUCUCCACUGCCCGGUUACCUCUCAUCUAGGAUUGGCUCUCUCGCAGACAAAGAUGAGGUGUCAUGGCUGCUUGAGAAGUUCACAUCGUAUGAUCUUGCACCUUUCCUAGUUAUUACCGGACCUUAUCAUGUGCUGACCUGGCAAAGGAGCCAAGCCGAUGCUGCAGGACAAGAUUAUGCCAGCCUACUAGCUGGGUAUUCAAUCACGCUCAUCCGCUGCUUCCCACAGAAAGCUGACGACAUCCGUAUGCGCCUAUUUCUUGCAGAUUUUCUGUCUGCGACUGGAGCACAACCAGCUGUGCAGUUUUUCUGGUCCGCCUCGAGUGUAACAAAGCUUUUCGAUUGCAUUAUUUCCUCUCCAAAGGGCGCACUGGACUUUCUGCUCAGAAGAAAAUACUUCCCAGCCUCAUCGUCGGCGGCAGCAGACGAUACCCCAUGGGAUCGCGAGUGGCGGACCGUCCUGCUAUUUCUUGAGCUUUACACAUUUGUCAUGAGGCUGACCGAUGACGACGACUUCUUCUCUGGUCUAGACGGCCGCUCUGCUUUCGAGGGCAAUAUGUCGUCUCCGUCCCACAUCCGUGCCUCUGCUCUCCGCCUCGAUGCGUUACAACGGCUGUCUCUGUUCCUUAAAAAUCUGGCUUUCACGCUAAACUACAACGCGGCAGAGCUCUUGCAAGGGAAUGGAAACGAUAGCAAGCCGUUCAGUGGAUCGGCUAUGAGCCAACAUAGCCACUCUGCAGCCUAUCGUGUUAUCGCAGGCGUUGACUUCGGCGCUUUCAAGUCUCUUGUCACAACUUCCAUACAGAUGCUUUAUGAGCGGGACUCCCGCCGCCAGUUUUUGCCGACUGGGCAUUGGCUCAUGACGACGAACUUUGACAUGGAUGGCUUUUUGUCAGCUGUUGUCUUGGAAGAGCAGCGGCAACACGAACUCGAAGAAGAUGGUAGCGACAGCGAAAUCGACGACAACGAUGCUGGUGAUGAUGACAUGACCGACGACAUCGGGGCCGAGCAAAGCCAAAUGGCUUUCUCCAACAGGCCUCGGACCACGACUUCUCGAUACAUGCAUAUAGAGCAGCUCCGAAAGCAGCACAAGAAGGCACAUAGGGAGCGGAUGCUUGCAGCCAUUGGUCCUAAAUUGGAGGUCUUGCGAAACAUGCCAUACGCUUUGCCAUUCGAGCUUCGGGUUCGUAUUUUCAAGCAGUUUGUUUUCUUGGAUAAGCAACGCCGGCGUCAAGGACAUGUCGAUCCCGACCAGUGGCGUCUAUUCAUCGCCAGCCAAAAUAUGGCAUCGAUGAACAGAAAUCACACUCGCGAGGACAUCCUCCGCCACAGCGCCAGGAUCCGCCGAAACCUGGUGUACGGCAGUGCGUAUGAGCAGUUCUACCCGCUUGGAGAGGGAUUGAAGGAGCCGAUCCAGAUCACGUUUUUGGAUGAGUACGGAUCUGAGGAAGCCGGGAUUGACGGUGGAGGUGUCACCAAAGAAUUUCUCAUGAGCGUAACGAAAGAGAUUUUCACGUCGAAAAUUGGCAACGUGAUGCAGUUUCAGUCAAAUAAGGACAACGCUCUCUAUCCCAAUCCACUGGCGCUCGACCAGGCCAAGUCUUGGUGUCACGCCAAUGGAUUUCAAGGCGCAGAACAGCGCGACCAUAUUGCUGCGAUGCUGAGCCAGUUCGAAUUUACCGGCCGCCUUGUUGGGAAAUGCAUGUACGAGGGAAUACUACUGGAUGUCGUCUUUGCAGGGUUUUUCCUUCUGAAAUGGUCCUUGUCGACCAAGGACUCGGCCUACAGGGCGAGCGUCAACGACUUGCGCGAGAUGGAUGAGGAGCUGUAUCAAGGCAUGUUGCGCCUGAAGAAUUUCAAGGGCGACGUGUCUGAAAUGGAUGUCAACUUCACCCUUGAGGACCAGGUGAGCAUGGACGGGUUGCCACUGCGCACAGAGACACGGAACCUGGUCCCAGAUGGCGAAGACAUUACAGUGACGAAUGAAAACCGGCCUCUGUAUAUCUCGUACGUCGCGCGUCACCGGCUGGUUGCACAGCCUUAUCAAGUGACAAAGGCGUUUCUUCAUGGUCUCGAGACAAUCAUCGACCCCGCGUGGCUGCGCAUGUUCAACCAAAACGAGCUCCAGCGCCUUGUGGGUGGCGAUUCGUCGGAAAUCGACGUGCAAGAUUUGCGGCAGAAUACUGUCUACGGAGGCGUAUACGAGAUGGGCGAUGAUGGCCAGGAGCAUCCGUCUGUCAAACUGUUCUGGGACGUCGUGGGGUCCCUGCCUGACGAGGACAGGCGUCUGUUACUCAAGUUUGUGACGUCUACGCCCCGGGCACCGCUGCUUGGGUUCUCGCAGCUGAAGCCUGCCUUCAGCAUCCGUGAUGCGGGUGGUGAUGAAACACGUCUGCCCAGUGCCAGCACAUGUAUCAAUUUACUGAAGCUGCCGCGGUAUUCGAGCCUGAAGGAACUUGGUGCAUCUGCAACUUCGUCCACGACACCAAGUCAGCCAGGCGUUACUGUUUGCGCUUUUCCCAUCCACGCUCCGAUUAUCCCCUUCUGGCCCGUUCCCUUUUCAAACGCUCUCGUCAGCCCCAAUGGUUUUGACGUUAUCCGCUACAUCAACCCUCUGAUAGGAACUGUGAAUGGCGGUCAUGUCUUUCCAGGGGCUACGCUGCCUUACGGCAUGGCCAAAACUGUCGCCGACACAAACAGCAAGGCUGAGAAUGCUGCUGGCUUCGUGUCGGAUGCGAGCAAGAUCACGGGAUUUUCUCACAUGCACGACUCCGGCACUGGUGGUAGUCCAUCCUUGGGCAACUUCCCACUGUUUGUGCAUUCUGGCUGUCUAGACGACGAUUUUUCCAAGUGCAAGUUCAGCUCCAGGACUUGUAGUGUUGCUCGCAUAAACGGCUCAGCCCGCGCCAGUCCUGGUUACUUUUCUGUCGAACUGGAAAACGGGGUCGCAGCAGAGAUGACCACAACCCAACACACUGCUUUGUAUCGAUUUACCUUCCCCACGGUGGAGGAUGGAACUGCAGCGGUGCAGUCCGACGGAACCGUCGUGCCACACAGCCCACUGGUCCUCGUCGAACUGGCCGAUCUCGCGGUGACGCGCUCUGCAGGAGGCAUCCGGGUCCAUGCAGACUCGGGUCGCAUUGUUGGUGACGGCACGUUUCGGCCGUCAUUCGGCACGGGCAGCUACGAGGCGUAUUUUUGUGCCGAUUUUCAGGGCGCAAGCAUCCGAAAAACGGGUAUCUUCAACUCCAUGGGCGUAGCUAAGGAGACCAAGCAAGUCAGCGGAAACUACGGCUCUUUAGCUGGCGCCUGGAUCCAGUUCGAAGCCCCAUCAGGCCCCGGCCGUGAUAUUCUAGCCCGUGUCGGGGUGUCCUUCCUCUCCUCUGACCAAGCCUGUACCAAUGCUGAAUCUGAGAUACCAGAGUGGGACUUUGACGGCACCAUUCUCGCGGCACAGGACGCUUGGCGGGAGAAAUUGGCGUCCAUUUCUGUCGACGCAACGGGAGUGUCAGUCGAGAUGCAGACGACAUUCUGGUCAGGAAUCUACCGGACGUUGCUGUCGCCACAGAACUACACUUGCGAGAACCAAAAGUGGAAGUCAGAUGAGCCGUACUUUGACUCGUUUUACUGCAUCUGGGACUCAUUUCGGGCCCAGCAUCCUCUCCUCACCAUCAUUGACCCGCCAGCCCAGACGCAAAUGGUGCGUGCCUUGAUUGAUAUCUAUCGGCACGAAGGAAAGCUUCCUGACUGCCGCAUGGGCUUUUGCAAGGGCUACACACAAGGCGGUUAUAAUGCCGACGUGGUAAUUGCCGACGCCUUUAUCAAAGGGCUCGUUGACGACAUCGACUGGGCCACUGCGUACGAGGCCGUCAUCUCCGAUGCCGAGGUCGAGCCGAGCUUUUGGGGAGUGGAAGGCCGCGGCAACCUAGAGAGCUAUCACGUCUUGGGCUACAUCCCUUGGGACGAUACGGAUACUAACGGCACCGGGCCCACGAGCCGCAGCAUAUCGCGUCUGGUGGAGUAUGCCUAUGAGGAUUUCACCAUCUCUCUGAUGUCGGAAGGCCUUGGCGAUGUUAUAGGCAAUGCGCGGGCUUCAACUGAUGCGGCCAAGUACCGAGAACGAGGCAUGAACUGGCGCAACCUGUGGAACCCCGAGCAGCGCGAUUCAUUCCAAGAUCCCCCGGAAGCGAUGAUACCGAGCGACUUUGUGGGCUUCCUGCAGCCACGACUGCUGAACGGCAGCUGGCGUUACCACAGCACACGGCGCUGCAGCCCGAUUUUCGACAUGCACAAAUGCUACUACGACACGAUUCAUGAGACGUACGAGGGCAGCCCCUGGCUGUAUUCGUUUUAUGCACCGCAGGAUAUGCGCACUCUCGUGCGGCUGAUGGGUGGUCCAGCUGAAUUCACGCGUCGUCUGAAGUACUUUCACGAGUCCGGAAUCGCCUACAUGGGCAACGAGCAGACGUUUCUGCCGGUCUUCCAAUUUCACUAUGCCGGCCGGCCCGGCUUGAGCUUCUACUGGGUGCACCAGUACAUCCCAGCGCUGUUUAACGGCAGUGUCAAUGGAAUCCCUGGAAACGACGAUUGUGCCAUGGGUGCCUUUUCUGCGUUUGCCUUCAUGGGCUUCUUUCCCGUGGCUGGACAGGACGUGUACCUACUGACGUCGCCCUUCUUUCCAGAGGUGCGCGUGCGGUCUAAGAACGGCCGUGAUGCUAUUUUCCGUGUGCUCAACUUUGAUCCAACAUACUCGGCCAAGUACAUCCAAAGUGCCACCCUGAACGGCAAGCCUUACACGCGCAGUUGGAUCAACCACGACAUAUUUUUGCAGGGCGGCAUACUUGAAGUCCAGGUUGGUCCGGAGGAAAGCCUCACGUGGGGAGUUGAAGACGAGGAUCUUCCACCAAGCUACUGCUCCUGA